UGAGCAGUGCUGUUAUUCAGGUGUGGACACAUUCGUUUAGGAGAUUCAGGAAGAGAUGAUGCAGCAGCGGUCUGACAUUUCAGGUAAAGUCUACUGGUAACUACUGAUCUGAAAACAUGGCCACGGGAACACAUGGCUUGAUAAGACGGAGAAACAGCUAUGAUUUUCUGCCACCUAACAUGUCUGAAGUGGGGCUUAUUCUCCUGGGAGACAGCUGGUCAGAAAAGAGUUCAGUUGGAAACCUAAUCCUGGAAAAGACUGAAUUCAACUUAAGGGAAGAGCCAAUCUCUUCAAUAAAACAUCAAAAACUAAUUUGGGGAAAGAAGCUGAUUGUCAUUAACACACCAGAUCUGCUACUGAAAAGAGAAAUAGACUCUUGUUUGAGGCGUUGUGCUUCUGUUCCUCUGCUGUUUCUCCUUGUUGUUCAGCCAGAAAAUUUCACAGAGGAAAAGAAAAAGAGGUUCUACAAAAUUCUUGAACUCUUCGGUGAUCAGUCUUUUAAUUGUUCACUAGUUCUAAUAUCAACAUCUAGACAGAAUAAUCCAAGUUUAAAUCAAGAGUUACAAGAACUCAUCCAUAGGAGCAGAGACAAUUCACUCAUCCUUAAGGACAAUUAUCGCAAAGAUUUGCUGGAGAAAAUCAGCCACAUUCUAGAGAAGAGAAAUGAUGAGCAACAAAAAUUUCAACAUCCAAGCAUAAAACAACAGAGACAAGGUUCUUCAGCCUCUGGUGGUACACCCUGUGUUGGUCAAAGUCUCAGGAUUAUGCUUUUUGGAGCAAAUCUGUCAACCAAGAAACACCUCUGUAACUUAAUCUUACAGAAAACUGGUUCAGACAUUUCAUCCGCAUCUCAUCAAAAUAAACCAGUUGAGCACGGGCUAUGGAAAGGAAAGGUCUUAACUAUUGUGACACCUCCAGAAAAUCAGAUGGGACAAGUCCAAAAAGAAGACCUGAGAAGCUGUGUUAAUCUUUGUCCUCCUGGACCAAAUGUUCUGCUGCUCUUAGUGAAUCCUUCAAAGUUCACAGAGAAGGACAGAAGGUUUCUGAAGGCCACCCUUAGCUCGUUUGGUGAAGAUGCCUUUAAACACUCAGUUGUUAUCGUAACUGAAGAAGGGAAUAAAACAGCUAUUGCCUUUAAUUCAUUAAUGAGAGAAUGUGAAGGAAGACAGUACAGCCUGUCUGAAAAUAAUCACCAGACAUUAAUGGGGAAGAUUGAAGAUAUUGUAAAGAGAGACAGCAGUGCCUUCCUUAGCAUCAAAGAUGACAGAGCAGCAUCAACAUGUGACCAGUCACUUCCAUCCAUAAACCUGGUUCUAUUUGGCAGAAGAGGAGCAGGAAAAACCUCAGCAGCCAAGGCCAUUCUAGGUCAGACAGAUCUUCCUUCAGCCUCCAGCUCAUCAGUGUGUGUUAGAAACCAGGGAGAGGUUCGUGGACGUUGGGUUUCUGUGGUGGAGCUGCCUGCCUUGUAUGGAAAACCUCAGCAGGAAGUGAUGGAGGAAUCAUUCAGGUGUAUCUCCCUCUGUGAUCCUGAGGGUGUCCACGCCUUCAUCCUGGUCCUACCUGUGGGUCCCCUCACUGAUGAAGACAAGGGAGAGUUACAGACCAUCCAGGACACAUUCAGCUCUCGGAUUGAUAACAGCAUAAUGAUUCUGUUCACUACAGAUUUGGAUCCUGAACAUCCAGAUGUGGUAAAAAAUCUUAAAAAACAUAAAGACAUCAAGGAGCUUACCAAGAAAUGUGGAAAAGGAUACACUGUCAUAAAAAACUGUGACAGUAAGCAGUUCUCUAAAGUAAUAGAUCGUGUAAUAAAUAGUGAGCAAAGAUGCUACACCUCAGGAACCCUCAUAGAAGCCUACUUGGAUAAACUCCAAAUUAAAGAAAUAGAAAUUGCUGAACCACAGAACCAACUUUCCAUUAUGUCAGCAGAGACUCGGAUCGGUGGAGACAAGUGGACAUAUGAGCGUCUCAGGAUUGUUCUGAUUGGGAAGACUGGAUCUGGGAAGAGCUCUUCAGGAAACACUAUCUUAGGCAGAGAAGAGUUUGAGCACAAAGUAAGCCAAAUUUCGAUCACAAAGCGUUGUAAGAAAUCCGAGGGUGAGGUUGACGGUCGUCCUGUUGCUGUGGUGGACACUCCUGGUUUGUUUGACAACAGUUUUUCACAGGAAGAAAUACAAAAAGAAUUGUUUCAAUGUAUCAGCCUUCUGGCUCCAGGCCCCCAUGUCUUCUUGGUGGUGGUACAAAUUGGAGCAAGACACACACCAGAUGAGAAAAUGACAUUAGAACUUAUUAAAAAAAGCUUUGGAAUGAAUUCCGGAAAAUUCAUCAUCAUCCUUCUGACCAGAGGAGAUUCACUUAAAGGUCAACAGUCAAUUGAAGAGUAUUUGAAAAAUGACUGUGAUGAAACCUUUAAAAAGCUUAUUAAUGACUGUGAAGGAAGAUACCAUGUGUUUGACAACAAAGACAUCCAAAACCGCAGACAAGUAACAGAGCUGAUGAGAAAGAUUGACAUCAUGGUGGCUAAAAAUGGAUGCUUCACCAAUGAGAUGCUGCAAGAGGCUGAAACAGCCAUACAGAAAAAAAUCAUUCAAAUUCACAAAGAGAAAGAAGAAGAACUGCACAGAGACAAGAAGAAAUUAGAGGAAAGAUUUGAGAAGGAAAAGAAUGAUAUGGAGAGAAAUUUGAAAGCACAAAAUGAAAAUGAGAUUAAGGAGAAAGAAGAGAAAAUAAAGGAGAUAGAGAAGAAACUAAAAGAGGCUGAAGAAGACAAAAAUAAAGAGCAGGAAUGGAGAAAAGAAGAAGCAGCCAAAUGGAAACGUGAGAAAGAGUCUUUGAUUGGCAAAGUUUACCAAAAUGACAUGUUGGAGAAAAAAAUGGAAGCUAUGAGGCGGAAAUGGGAUAAAGAUGACAAAAAGAAGCAAAAGAAAGAUGAAAAACUUAAAAAUGAUUAUGAAAAGAUGAAGGAAGAUUUACAAAGACAAAAGAAAAUAAUAGAUGAAAAGAUGUUUAUGAACAUGCAGAUACUGAGAGAUGUAUACAAGCAAGAUUUAGAAAAAAUAGAAGGAAGAUACAAGGAGGAAGCCCGACGAGAGGCUGAAGAGUUUAAUGAUUUCAAAGAGAAAUAUUCUAAAGAAUUUGAAGCCCAGAUGCUAGAGCAGCAUGGAAAGUAUAAUAUGCUUGAGGCCCUGAAAGAAGUGAAUGAAAACAAGCACAGGAGGGAAAUUGCUGACUUGGUAAAAUGUGUGACCAAAAAUAGAGAGAAUCGGAAAAAACUGAAGGACAUGCUGUCAAAACAAGAAGAAGAGAUGAAAAAGGCCCAAACUCCAAAGGAAACAACACUACUGACAAGCAAUCACAACAAAGAGAUUAGUGAGCUGGUUCAGCAGCUUGUGAAUACAACUGAUGUAAAAAGUAGAUGCUUCAUUUCAUGAAAUAUGAAGAUUGGUACAGUACCAAGAUACAGAAUGAAUAGUUCUCCAAAACCAGGGUUUAUCUGAACAGACAUCAGUAAAAUGUAUUCAACAAAAACAGCUUGUUAAAUAUUAAACAAAAAACAACAAGAACAUUAACGCAUGAUUCCCAGCCGCUAAAGAAUUUGUCAAAGGCAGGAAUAUGAUAAAAACACCCACCAUCCAUAACAAAAUGCAACUUUUAACUUUUUUGUAAACUUUUGCUUCUUGCAACCACAUCAGCAGUAAUGUGACAGGAGAACCCGUAGCAAGAUAGCACUGAUAGCUCCAUGGAAGAAAGGGAAAGAAAAAAAAAAAUCAAGAUAAAGUUUUCUAAAAAAGUGGAACGUAUUGAUUAUUAUUUCCAAUCACCUCAUAUUUCCUUUAAAUGUGCAGAUAAUGAGAAUAUUACUAUUUUAUAAUGUGCACUUUGAUUAUAUUUCAUGUGCCAAGUCUAAAAGAGAGAGCAUGUUAAUAUUUUGUGAGAUUUUAAAAGAAAUGCUAAACAUUGUCAUGUUCGCAACAGUCAUUUCCAUUACUACAUCUAAUAUGAUAUUUGUAUAUAAUAUAAUAGGUAUGUGAUUUGAUCAAAACCACAAUCAGUUAAUGUUUCUACACAUUCUGAGAUAAAGUAGAGUAAAUCAAAGUAUUUAUAAAAUAUGUCUUGGAUUUUCUAGGAAAAAUCAUGACCAAAUUUGACUGUUUGCUUUUAAUAUCUGGUGCUAAAGAAUCAUUAGGAAACAUGUCUACCAUUAAUAAAUUAUAUUUAAUAAAAAAAAAAAAAACUUUCUUAAUCCCAAAAGUAAAUUAAAUGUUGUAACUCAUUGGGUGUGUCUCAACAACUUAUCCUCAAUGGUAAUCGCUAUAAAGCAGAAAGAUUCUGUAAUAGUCUGUGUUGGAGCAAAUUUGGAGAAGCCUUUAACCAAACACACUUAGUUGGUCUUCACCUCUUCUGAAAAUAUUCUUCAUGUUACAAAUAAUUCUUCUUAGAGGUUCUAGAGGGGUUCCUAGAAGAAAGUCACGGCCUAUGCAACUAGGCACUUAUACUCCAUAACCACCUCCACUUUUUCUCUGUUUGCCAGGUAGUCUUUGAACGACUGUUCAGGCAUUCUAGAGUUACUUACAAAGCAAAUCAGGCCUGGUCAUGUUAAAUGCAUUGAGAAAUCAAAGAAAACAAUCCUCACAGUAAUGUCUGCCUUGUGUAAAUGACAGUUGAUUUGUUGAAGCAGGUGUAUGAUGGUAUUAUCCACUCCAACUCCCCUGCAACAAGCAAGUUGUAGGAGGUACUCAAAUGUACUUGUUUGUUUACUGAUGUCGACCAACAGGAGGAUCUCUAAGAUAUGGGGUGUCAGGGCGACAGGUCUACAGUCACUGAUGACUGUUGGCUUAGUUUUCUUUGAUACUGGAACAAGGCAGAAGGUCUUCCACAUCACUAGAGCUGUAUGAUGGGUAAGACUCCGAUUGAAGAGGGGUUUUGUAGAAUCCCACAGAGCUGCUCUGCACAGGCCUUCUAGGCUCUGUUCAAUUUCUCUGCCCAGAUUUCCAUCUGCCGGAUAGUCCCUAGCUCCGCUUUAAGCCAGGGAUCAUCUUCAUCCCUGACCAUGCAUGUCUGAUAUUUCUCUGCCAGAACUUGGUCUUUAUAUUUGCCACAUUUUUCUCAGUGAUUUCGACUUUUGCCCGUCUCCUUCUCUGAAGGCUCUUUAUCUUGUUUAGCAGAAAAGUAUGAGUUGGAGCAUAGAUCUUUCCAUGUUUCAGGUUAAAAUAUAAUUUAUACUUUAAAUACACUAUGCAGAUUAAUCUCUACCCUCUUAUCCAUUUCAUGUGGGAAAGUGCUCCAAAUUGUAUUUAUUCAAUUAAUAUUAAAAUAAAUUCAGUUUAUUUAUAUAGCACCAAUUCACAACACAAGUCAUCUCAAGGCGCUUUACAUAGACAACUCGCAAUAAAUUAAGUGAUUCUAUUUUGACUGUAAUUAAAAGCUUUAAAGAGUAACAAGGCAAUGAAAUUUAAUAAUAUUUUAUGUAUCUGUAACAUGGUUAUGGAUGUAUUGAGUGAGCUUUGAAUGUACUUAGUUCAACAUCCUACGGCCAGAUGACUAGGAGAGAAGAACGAGAGGGUAAGGCUGGGCUGGGGGAUUUUAGGAGACAAGAGAGGCUAACUAUAUCUGGUGUUUCUCAAACUGGAAAUUUGUAUAUCAAAGGAUAAGGAUAGAAACUCUGCGGGUAGAAAUACAGGGUGCAGAAGUUCUGCUCAUGUGGGUAAACCUUCAAGCAAUAUAUGCUCAUGAAUCUGAAAAGUAUAUACAGGGGGAAAGAAAAGAGAAGUGUUUUCAGUUGGUUUGACAGAUGUGAACUUUGGAGCAUACCUAAGAGAGGACUUGAGAAGACACAGGCCUAAGAAAAUCCAUGGACAAAGAUAAGGCUCCUCAGCACUUCAGGGGACUAGCCAAGAGUUCAACCAGAUUUCUGCAAAAAAAAAAAAAAAA